AUGCCCUUUCAAAUUCCAACUUGUUCAUCAACUUACGGUCAACAAACAAUGAUAAAAGUAGAAACAACAAAACAUCGAAAUAACAAAGAAAACAACAAAGAAGACGAACAAAACAAAAAAGUUCUGAACAAAACAAACAUUUUUAACGUUGAAAAACUUGAACAUUUAAAAACAACGCCUAUUUCUUCGCCUUGUUUUGCAACAUCUUUUUAUUCAAAUAAAACAUUGUUUUCCCUAAAUCAACAAAUGUUUUCUUCAUUUUUGUUGUUUAUUGUUUUGUUUGUUUUAUUUUUGCCUGUUCAGAUUGAGGCACAAAGCAAUGGGAAGUGUUAUUCAUUCGCUCCUGGCCUUACUAUACUUGGAGCUGACUAUCGAAGAGAUUUUGGAUUGUCACGUAGACAAUGUGCGGAUGUAUGCAAAACCGAUGUUUGUUGUAUGGCCUUUGAAUGGCAACGUAUUGGUGGACAAUGCACCCUUAAAAGUCGGUCAUUGAAUGGAACGGUUGUGAAUUUGGGAAUUAGUAAAGGGGAUGAAAAUACUGAAAAGUCUAAUGAGGGGAAGGAUUUGCUCUUUGCUUUGUGUUUGGAUUAUGGCGAUUCUGAACGUGAUCGGUUUUGGGAUCAUGAACUUGGAGGCCCUAUUGUUGCAACUAAAAUAGACGUUGAACGAGAAAAUUGUGCUAAAGUUUGUGCUGAAUUCUCAACUAUUAAAAAACGAAAAAUAACAAUUGAAAAAGUUGAAGAGGAAGAAGAUAAAGAAAAUGAGGGAGAAGAAUUUGAUAAUUUUAAAUUAAGUGAAUUAACUUUAUUUGCGAGGAAUAUUAAAAGGCGGGCAAAGCGGCCAAUUCACAAGUUUCCAAAAAUUGAAAAAAGUUUGUCUUCUGGAAAAGAAGCUCCAGCAGUAAUAUAUAAUUGGCGGCCUGUUGAUCCAACAGAUAUGGAAUCACCAUUGGGUGAAUGCCAAUGUAUUUCAGUACUUCAGCAUAUUAAAUUAAAUUUUGGAUCCUUUUCUGGAUUUUUAAUUUGA